AUGAAAUAAUAAAAUUAAGCAUAAGAUUAUAAGAAAAUAAAGUUGCUAGGAUAGGGGACCUAUGGUAAAGCCUUUUUGGUAGAAAGGAAAAGCGAUGGCUUAAAAUGUGUUAUUAAGUAGAUUGAGAUGUCGCAUAUGACUGAAGAAGAGCGCAAAGAAGCUUAAAAGGAAGCAAACAUCCUCUAAAUGUUGAAUCAUCACAACAUCAUAAAAUAUCAUGAACAAUAUAAAACGAAAAAGGGACGCCUUUGCAUCGUAAUGGACUAUGCAGAAGAAAAACUAGUCAAAAACAAUAGAAUUAAAACUAACUUUUCCCAUAUUUUUACUCAUUUUAAUCUCAAAAGAACUUCCUUCAAGAUUAAAAAUGUUUUGAUAGCUUCUAACACACUACAUAUCUGCGGUAAUUUUUCAAUAGAAUUUAGCUUGAUACUUAAAAAGCUACAUAUUUUAUAGUAGCAAUUUCCAACAUUAAUCAAAGUAGCAUCAUUACCAUUUGCAUAUUCGUUAAUAUGA